ACAGAGACAGCAUCAUUUCACAGAAUCACACUCAGUAAAGACAAGACCCUUGAGAAAAAUGCACCUAAAAUCUUUAAUUCUUCCCGCAAUCGGUCUAAUUCAUCUCGGUUUGGUCUUCUGCAUGGAUUGGAGUGAAAAUCCCUACAAAUUCCCCGAAGUGCUGUCCAGAAGGAAGAGAUACUUGGUAUUUCCGCCAGGAUCAACUGUUCUGUGCACACUUUCUGUGGUGAAGGCUUUCGUGUUUAAAUCGCCGGCACAGCACAAUAUGGUCAUGGAAGUGGAUUUCUACUAUCCACUGCCUGACAAACUAAUUUUUCCCGAGAGGAAGAAUCCCGCGCCAAUUGUGGUCACGACGCAGAAAGCAACUGUUGCACCUCCUGUGCUCUACCACGAUUCCUUUCCGCAUGAUGACUUCUACAAUCUCAUCGAUUAUCAUGACAGGAUGGACACAACGAGGAGGAAGAGCGACAAGGAUGUGUUUUUGCAGAAAACUCGGUAUCCGUUCUCUUAUAAAAAGUACCAGAGUGAUAAGAAUCACUUAUUCGAAGGGUCGAAGGGAAAACAUUGGCAGAAGCAACACUACAGAGGUCACAGGGAGCGAAGGGAUUUCUACAGGAGUAUUGAAAAUUUCAUGUCACUUUUAGGCCGAUAUCUACGAAACUUCUUAUCCGAUUGGCAAAAGUAUGAGAUGGAAAGAAACACUAAAGAUAUUGGAUUGGAUGGUCGAUCUUGUAUUCUGAGAACAAUCUGUGAAGCUCAACAUUGGCUCAUGCCGAAAGGAACUUCUCUAUUUGACGAUAUAUUCAGACUUCUCUUCUCUUUACCUGAGAAAUACUCUUAUGUCGACGACUACAGCAGAGCCAUGUCUUCUGAGGAGAAGCACUGCAGUGAAUUAUACGAGAAGAAGUGCCCAAUAAGUAUUCUGGGUCUUAUCCUUCACAGUGAGAAGGUUAUAUGAAGCAAUAAAGGAU